CUGUGGCGCUGAAAAAGACUUGAGCUCAGAGGCGGUCCUGAAUCGUUUGAGUGGCGCGCGGCCUGUGGGAUCGAAAAAGAGGCCUGGCGGCUUCGCUGCUGUCCCGGGUGCCGUCAUGGCUUGGAAGUACCUGAAUGACUUUUCCUGGGACUUAGAUCCUGAUUUGUAUGGAGAUAGGCUUUACAAUCCCUUUACUCGAGAACUGUAUUCUCCUUUAGAAGAAUUGUUGGGGAUAGGUGGCACCGCAGAUGAAGAUAUAGAUUCAGCUGUCUUAUUUGGAACUCUGCGAGGCAAUGUGGUUGGAUUGCGCUACUAUACGGGUGUGGUCAAUAAUAAUGAAAUGGUGGCACUUCAGCGAGAGCCCAACAACCGAUACGACAUGAAUGCUAUAAAAGUAAAUAAUGUGAAUGGAGAGCAAGUAGGCCACAUUAAAAAAGAACUGGCUGCAAGUCUGGCACACAUCAUGGACAACAAACUGGCACAAAUAGAAGGGGUUGUUCCUUAUGGAGCACAUAAUGCUUUCACUAUGCCAGUACUGCUGAGUUUUUGGGGAAAAGCAGAGAAUAAGGAAGCGGUUCUGAGGAACCUGUCGUUGGAUGGCUUCAAAUUGGCUCCUCCAGGAAAAUCUUUAGGCUUUGGAUAUAGUGGGACAUCAGGAAAAGCUGGAACAAGUUACAGUGCUCCAGUUCGUGCUGCUGUACAAAUGACAACUGAACAGUUGAAGACUGAGUUUGACAAACUGUUUGAAGAUCUGAAAGAAGAUGAUAAAACACGUGAAAUGGAAGCAGCUGAGGCAGUUUUAACACCCUUGCUUCCACAUCAGAAACAGUCUUUAGCUUGGAUGGUUUUGCGUGAAAACAAUAAGGAGUUGCCUCCAUUCUGGGAAGAGAGGGAGGACUUCUUCUACAACACAAUUACAAACUUUGCUGAAAAAAAGCGACCUGAAAAUGUUCUUGGAGGCAUACUGGCAGAUGAUAUGGGAUUGGGUAAAACGCUUACCACUCUUGCAGUCAUCCUUACCAAUUUUCACAGUGGCAAACCUCUUCCUCUUGAGAAGAAAAGCAAUCAGUUGAAGGAGGAAUACUCUCUUCAGCAGAAACAUAACUUAAAAGGACCCAGUGUUUUGGAAACAGAAGAAGAAAAUGAUUCUGUUCUGCCUCAGUCAUCUUGUCCAAAAAGAGAUAAAGAGAAGAAAUUCACAAACACAGUCAGUAGUGACUCGGAGCCUGAAGAGAAGAUAACACUAAUAAACACCAAAGCCCCAAAAACGCAACCGGGAUCAAGAAAAAGGAGAAAAGGAGCUUCUUCUGAUGUUGUGGAAGAUAGCGCGUUUGCCUCUGCUCUUGGGGAAUCAGCCACUUAUUCAAAGAAGGCAAAGAGAAAGGGUACUGCUUCUGCUCUUGGGAAACCAACCACUUACUCAAAGGCAAAGAAAAAAGGAGGUACUGCUGUGCAGUCUAAGAAAAGUGAGUCUGAAGAGAAUCUUAGAGCAACGCUGAUCAUCUGCCCACUUUCUGUUCUCAGCAACUGGACUGAUCAGCUUGAACAACAUAUUGAUCCAGCUGUUCAUCUGAACACUUAUGUUUAUUAUGGUUCAGAGCGCACCAAAGAUCCAGCGGUCCUUUCAAGACAGGAUAUUGUGUUAACAACUUACAAUGUUUUAGCUAAUGACUACAGUGCAAAAAGUAAUAGUCCUUUGCACAAUUUUAAGUGGCUGAGAGUGGUGUUGGAUGAAGGGCACACAAUACGAAACCCGAACGCUCUACAAACAAAGGCUGUUCUAGAUUUGGAUGCCCAAAGAAGAUGGAUUUUGACAGGCACACCUAUUCAGAAUUCCUUGAAGGACUUGUGGUCUCUUCUUUCUUUUUUGAAGCUGAAACCUUUUACAGACAGAGAGUGGUGGCGGCGAACAAUCCAGCGUCCUGUCACUAUGGGAGAUCAAGGCGGGCUUAAGCGUUUACAGUCCCUGAUUAAGAGCAUUACACUUCGGAGAACGAAAACAAGCAAAGUUAAAGGAAAACCAGUGUUGACGCUUCCAGAGCGUAAAGUAUUUAUUCAGCAUAUUACGCUUACAGAUGAAGAGAAUGCUAUUUAUCAUUCAGUGAAGAAUGAGAGCAAGGCUGCUAUUAGCAGAUAUUUUAGUGAGGGAACUGUUUUGACCCACUAUGCAGAUGUUCUGGGUGCCUUGCUGAGAUUGAGACAGGUGUGUUGUCAUCCACAUCUCUGUGCAAGUUUACCUCCAUCUACCUUUGAGGAAGGUAAUGGUACUCCUGAACAGCUGCGUACAAAGUUAAUAGAGAAGAUGAAGCUAGUUCUAAGCUCUGGAUCUGAUGAAGAAUGUGCUAUAUGCUUAGAUUCCCUCAAUCUUCCUGUGAUAACCCACUGUGCUCAUGUGUACUGUAAGCCAUGCAUUUGUGAAGUCAUCCAGAGAGAGAAGCCAAACGCCAAAUGCCCUCUUUGCAGGAAAGAGGUUGAAUUACAGCAACUCGUAGAAUGUCCUUUAGAAGAUUCUGAUGACACAGAAAAGCCUGCCCAAGAGUGGAUAUCAAGUUCGAAGAUCAAUGCCCUGAUGCAUGCUUUGCUAGAUCUAAGGAAGCAAAAUCCAGCUAUUAAGAGUAUCGUUGUUUCUCAGUUCACAAAAUUUCUCUCCCUCAUAGAGGUUCCACUGAGGAAAUCUGGCUUUAUCUUCACUCGUUUGGAUGGGACAAUGAGGCAGAAAAAAAGAACAGAGGCAAUUCAGCAGUUCCAGAGCAGUGAAGCUGGAUCCCCAACUGUGAUGCUGUUGUCUCUAAAAGCAGGUGGAGUUGGCUUGAACCUGACAGCAGCCUCACAAGUCUUUUUAAUGGACCCAGCUUGGAAUCCUGCUGCAGAGGAUCAGUGUUUUGACAGAUGUCAUAGACUUGGGCAGAAGCAGGAUGUUACCAUCACGAAGUUCAUUGUGGAGCACUCAGUGGAAGAAAACAUGCUGAAAAUUCAGGACAAGAAGAGGGAACUUGCAGCUGGAGCCUUUGGAGCCAAAAAACCUUCCUCUAGUGAAACCAAGAUUAAUGAAAUUAAAACUUUGCUGGACUUAUAAUUUUGUUAUAUUGGGACUAAGGCUGACAUGAUGUUACCUAUUUAAGUCAGCACGCUUAUAAGUAUUUAGGAUGGGUCUGUCGUCUGUGAAUAUUAGCUUCAUUGCACAACAAUGCAGGGUCUACAUUUCAUCCAACUUUUAAAAACUAGGUAUUGAGUUUUUGGGUAAAAUGUCUAUCAGGGAUUUCAGAUGGGCAACGGCAGCAGAAAAUGAUGGCAUACCUUUUUGUCAAGUGUCAUUUAGAUAACCUACUUUGUGUAUUUUUGCAACCAUUCUAUCUAGAGAAUGGGAACUGAAGUUUUUGAAUUCUUAAGUUAGACUUCAGACAAUUUUAAAAGAACAAUAUUUUAUUUAGGUGUUAUCUGCAGCAAUAUUUUGGUUGAGAAAUCAGGAUGUGAACCGUCUGCAUAUUGGAGUUCAGUUGUAUAGUACUAUCUUUUGCCAUACUGUAUCAGACCCAAAGUAAAUAUUUGUCUUUGUUGA